AUGUCCCCUUUUCCCGAGGAAGCAGCAGCAACUGUUUGCGUCAGGCUUAGGCCUCUUAACUGGCAGCAGAUAAACAAACUUGCCCUUCCUGCAUCCCCUGCUGCUGCUGCUGCUGCUGCUGGGCCCCUUGGCGUCUCUAUCCCUUCGGAAGCAGCAGCAGCAGUUGCUGCUGCCCUCAACAAGAAGGUCUUCUCUGAGGACGUGUGCAAUACGGAAAUAUAUGUGGAGACAGUUCAGCCGCUUGUGCUGCAGGCGACUGAGGGCGUCAGCAGCCUGGUGCUUGCUGCGGGGGGCCGCAGCAGCGGGAAAACCCACAGCCUCUUCGGCUCUUUGGAGGCCCCCGGUUUAGUGCCAGCAGCACUUUGGGAUUUAUUUUCUCACAUUUCUUCUUACGCAAAUCCCCACUCCAAAACAGCCAAAACAAAGAUCCUCAGCAGCAGCAGCAGCAGCAGCAGCAGCAGCAGCAGCAGCAGCAGCAGCAGCAGGGGCCCCCAGCCUCCGGGCCUCCUUGCGAGCUACCCGGAGAGGGCCCCCGCGCCCCAGGGGCCCUCCAGCAGGGGCCCCCAGAGGGGCCCCCAGGGGGGCCCCCAGGCUGCAGAGGCCCUUAAAGGGUACAGCGAAAACUCAACAAAUGAAUUUAAUGUUAGUUUUUCUUUUUUGGAAAUUCGAGAAAAUGAAAUUGGAGAUUUGCUGCGGGCUAUUGAGGGGUACAGCCCGGGGCAGCGAAUUCCCACGCUGGCGCUGAAGCACUGCAGCAGCAGCAGCAGCAGGAGCAGCAGCAGCAGCAGCAGCAGCGGAAGCAGCAGCGGAAGCAGCAGCGGCUGCAGCGGGUUUGGGGCACUCGAGGGGCUCAUGGAGGUAGACGUCACUAAUGUCGAAGAGGCCAUCAAAGCUGUCGUCAAAGCAGCAGCAUUUAAAAAGGCCCGGGACAUUCUGCUGCAGCGCGGGGGGGCCCACAGCCUCUUUCGUUUGGUGGUGGAAAGGGCGGAGACGCAAAAAGAAAAAAACAAAAAAGAAAUUAAAAAUAAAAAAAUAAAUCCAAAAGAAAUAAAUGACAAAAAAACAAUUCACGAAGAUCCAAUUCAAGCAGCAGAAGCAGCAGCGCAGGAGGCAGCAAGCGGCGCAGACGCAGCAGCAGCAGCAGCAGCAGCAGCAGCAGCAGCAGCAGCAGCAGCUGCUGCUGCUGCUGCUGCUGCUGCUGCUGUGGUUUAUAGAGCUGAAAUUAUUUUCGUCGAAGUCGCAGGUGUAGAUACACUCGGAACAGCACCCAAUGCAGGGUUUGGGCCCACGGUGUGGGAGUGGAUGGUUGAGUCUCUGCUUUCCUCCGGGACUCUUAGGAUUCUGCUGGAGGGGCAGCAGGACUGGAGUUUGCUGGAGGCCUCUCGCGUGUCGCGUUUGCUGCUGCUGCUGCUGCAGCAGCAGCGCCGGGGCAGCUGGCUGCUGCAGCAGCUUGCUGCUGAGCCUGCUGCUGCUGCUGAGGGCCCCGCGUCUCCCGCCGGGGGCCCCCCUGCUGCUGCUGCUGCUGCUGCUGCUGCUGCUGCUGCUGCUGCUGAGCAAGAAGACCCUUUUUGCUGCUCUGAAGAAACAUUUAAAACUCAAUUAAAAACAAAAGACAAAAAGACAAACUUCAUGAGCAUAGUUGAGGUGCCUAUACACCUCAAAUCCGCGCCCCACAACCACUGGCGCAGCAGCAACCACUGGCAGCAGCAGCAGCAGCAGCAGCAGCAGCAGCAGCAGCAGGAGUCUGAGGAUCCUCUUAAUCUAACGGGGCGGCUGUUCAGCUGCAGCGUGGACUACGAGGGGGCCCCCCGGGGCCCCACAGCAGCAGCAGCAGCAGCAGCAGCAGCAGCAGCAGCAGCGGGGGGCCCCCCGUACGCUUCGAAGGGUACUGCUGCAGUCCGGCAGCUGUUCAGCAGCAGAGACUCGCGCUGCAGCAGCAGCAGCAGCCGCAGCAACAGCAGCAGCAGCCGCAACAGCAGCAGCAGCCGCAACAGCAGCAGCAGCCGCAGCAGCGGCGGCAGCAGCAGCAGCAACUCUUCAGACUCCCAGGCCUACAGCAGGCAACGGGGCCCCCAGGGGGCCCCCUAUGGCCGCAGAAAGAGGGACUUGGGGCCCCUGGGGCCCCCAGGGUCCAAUGGGGGGCCCCCAAGUCCCUACGGGGGCCCCCAGGAGUCCUAUAGGGGCCCCCCAGGGUCUAAUGGGGGCCCCCCAGGGUCUAAUGGGGGCCCCCCAGGGUCUAACGGGGCCCCCCCAGGGUCUAAUGGGGGCCCCCCAGGGUCUAAUGGGGGCCCCCUAGGGUCUAAUGGGGGCCCCCCAGGGUCUAAUGGGGGCCCCUCGGGGACUAGGGGGCCCCCAUUGGGGGCCCCCUCUGGAGCUGAGGGGCCCCUUAGGGGAGGUGAGGAGACACCUGAAGGGUACAGUUCGCGGGGUGUACGUACACCUGAAGAGUCCCCGGAAACUCCAGCCUCCGAGGGGGAGGGGGGCCCCCCAGCUGGGGGCCCCCUGAAGGGGCCCCCCUGGGGGCCCCCAGGGGGGCCCCCAGGGGGGCCCCCCCGGCUGAGGGCCCCGCGGGGGGGGGCCCCCGGGGGGCCCCACUGCCGCCUGCGAAGGGGCCUGGGGGCCCCCAAAAGCCCUUCUCCGGGAACUCCAAUUUCUGAAGAAACAGAAGAGACUUUUGGAGACACUGAGGAGACAGUGCAGCAGCUCACUUUUACCCUCGACUGGAGGGUCCAGGCGGCCCCUUCGGGGGCCCCCGGGGGGCCCCCGGGGGGCCCCCGGGGGCCCCCGGGGGCCCCCGGGGGCCCCCAGGGGGCCCCACAGCUUCUGCAACUCAGCCAGGGGGCCCUCGAAAAGGAGACCCAAGGAGACACUGCAGCAGAAGCUCCAGUGACCCCUCACUUCAGCAGCGAUGAAGAAACAAGGGAGAGUGGGGGGGCCCCCGCGGGGCUGCAGCAGCAGCAGCAGCAGCAGCACAGCAGCAGCAGCAGCAGCAGCAGCAGCAGCAAGAGCAGCAGCAAGGGAGACAGCCAGGGCAAAGCAGCAGAACACGACAGCAAGGACCUCGUCAGACAAGCAACAAAGCUAAGAAGCGAGGUAAUGAGCCUUAUCCAGGAAAGCAGCAGCAGCAAACUCUGGGGGGCCCCCCGUUUUGCUUCUCGGGAAGGGGGCCCCCAGCAGGGGCCCCUUCUGCUGACAGAAAAGAGCAGCAAAAGGGCCCCCUUGGGGGGCCCCCCUCAAGCCCCUUCCUACCCCACUGGCCCCUUUGGGGGGCCCCCCAGUGAGGGGCCCCCUGAAAGGCCCUCUCAGGGGCCCCCUCACUGCCAUCACUGGUGCCCCCAGCAGCAGCAGCAGCAGCAGCAGCAGCAGCAGCAGCAGCAGCAGCAGCAGCAGUGUGGGGGCCCCUGCGGGCAAAGCUGCGGGGGCCCCUGGCUGUGUGGCUGCGUGCAUGCGCAUGUCCCUUUGUCUCCUCCUCACUGCUGCUCCCCUUGCUGGGGGCCCCCCAGCCAGCUGGGGGCCCCCAAGGGGGCCCGCUCGGGGGCCCCCUCGGGGGCCCCCUCGGAGGCCCCCAAGGGGGGCCCCACGGGGGCCCCCGCUGCAGCAGAGGGGGGCCCCCCUCAGGGGCAGGGGCUGCAGGUCCUUAUGCUGCCUUCGAGCCCCCCAGGGGCCCCCUGGGGGCCCCCCGUCGUUGCUGCAGCAGCAAGUGGGGGCCCCCCUUUGUACGUGCAGUACCCUGCUGGGUGGUCCCCUCAUGGGGCCCCUCAGUGCUCUGCAGCAGCAGCAGCAGCAGCAGCAGCAGCAGCAGCAGCAGCAGCAAAGGGCCCUUCCAGGGGGGCCCCACAGGCGCAGCAGCUAACAGCAGCAGACCGCCAGCUGCUGCACUUCAAAGCCUCAAAAGGCGGCGCAGCGUGGGAGGUUCCUGCCCCCCCUCCCGCAGCAGCAGCAGCAGCAGCAGCAGCAGCAGCAGCAGCAGCAGCAGAAGACGAAGACAGCAGCAGCAGCAGCAGCAGCAGCAGCUUCUGCCUCCCUGAAGAGCCGAGGAGGCCCCGCAGGCAAACAGAAUCCAAAAGCGAUUUGCUGCUGCAGGGUACCCUGAGGCCCUGGGCCAGAGACCCCAGGGGGCCCCCCAGGGGCCCCAAAACAAGAAUGAGGGGGCCCCCCCGGGGGCCCCCAAGGGGCCCCCCAAGGGGGCCCCCCUGGGGCCCCCCUGCCUCCCUGCAGCCGCGAUGCAGCAGCCAAGAUGCGGCAGCAGGCACUGAACCCUCACACUUCAGGGGCCCCCUGGGGGCCCCCGGGGGCCCCCUGGGGGCCCCUGGGGGCCCCCUGGGGCCCCCUGGGGGCCCCUUGGGGGCCCCUGGGGGCCCCCUAGCGGUCCCGGGGGCCCCCCUGGGCCCCCUUGGUGUAUUUACAGCCCACCCAGGAUGCUUCAGCAGCAACCAGUGGGGCCCAACAGGGGCCCCCCCACUUCCCUUGUUGGGGGGCCCCCCUGGGGGCCCCCAGGGAGGCCCCCCGGGGGGCCCCCCCUGCUUGCUGCGCUUCAAAGGCAAGGCCACAGUGGGCGGUGACAGCAGCAGCAGCUGCAGCAGCAGCUGCAGCAGCAGCAGCUGCAGCAGCAGCAGCAGCAGCAGCGGCUCGAGCUGCAGCAGCAGCAGCUGCAGCAGCAGCAGCAGCAGCAGCGGCACAUCCUCAGGAGCCCCCUCAUUGCAGGUGUCUCCAGCAACAACGGAGCGCAGGGCCUUUCUCCAAGGGACUGACAGCUCAAUGCAACAGCAGCAGCAGCAGCAGCAGCAACACCGGCAGCAGCAGCAGCAGCAGCAGCCGCAGCAGCAGCAACAGCAGCAGCAGCAGCAGCAGCAGCAGCGGCAGCAAGCAUACCGAGCAGCCCCGCCAACACUGAGGGCCCCUGCCCCUACCCAAAUCCGAAACGUCCUGGGGGGCCCCCAGGGGCCCCAGGGGCCCCCAGGUGGCGCGUACGCUUCGUACCCUCCUCAAGAGGGGCCCCCCUAUUCCGAGGGGCCCCCCAGCUACCCUGUGGGGCCCCCCCAGCAGUGGGGCUUCAAUAGGGGCAUCGAGGGGCCCCCAUGGGCCCCCUACGGGGGCCCCCUGGGGGCCCCCCAGGGGGCCCCCAAUCCCAGCAGCCGCUGCGCAGUUACCCCUCGCUGGGGGCCCCCCCCUUCUGCCCCUCCUACCUGGCGAGAACAGAGGGGCCCCGGGGGCCCCGGGGGCCCCCAGGGGCCCCUGGAGGCCCUGCUGGGCCUUCUGUUAGCUGGGGGCCCCCAGCCCCCAAAAGUCCCUCUUUUGUACCAUUACCAGAAAGCGCCAGUGCCCCCCCAGGGGACUUGUGGGGCCCCUGGGGCUCAGCAGGUGCUGCUGCUGCAGGGGCCCGCCGAAGCAGCAGCAGCUGCAGCAGGAGGGCCCCCUGGGGCCCCCCCGGGGGCCCCCCCGAGGGGGCCCCCGGGGGGCCCCCCCGGGGGGCCCCCCGGGGGGCCCCCCGGGGGGCCCCCAGAGGGUUCGAUUAUUGUUUGUCGGAAUGUCUUCACUUACUUGAUGACAAAGUUGGGGAAAGUUAUGCACAGAGGCCCCGGCUGCCUCCUGGGGAGACCACUGCAGCACAGCCCCCGCUGCCUUUCCGGAGGAGGCGAAGCGUCUCGAAAGGAGGCAGGCGAGAGGCAGCAGCAGCAGCAGCAGCAGCAGGAUCAGCAGCAACGUCAGCAGCAGCAACAAGGGCCCCCACACCAACAGCUUACUGCAGCAGCAAACAGGGCGGGGGUUCUUUUGGCUGCGAAUUAA